ACUUCGGCCUCGGUAGUAUGACGGGUACGAUGGACGAUUUGAAUGGCGUUAGAUGUCCUUGGGCGUGUACGUGCGGCGGACAGGAGGUCGAUUGUUCUCACCGUGAACUCACGCAGAUUCCUGGUGACCUGGCGAGCCUGCUCAUCGCGGAAAAACUAGAUCUUCAAGGAAAUAACGUAUCAGUGAUAUUCAAGACCGAUUUUGAAGACAUGGCAACGCUUCAUGUUUUAUUACUAUCAAACAAUCAAAUACACACCAUCGAAAGAGGGGCUUUCCAAGAUUUGGUGGCGGUGGAAAAACUACGGCUAAAUAAUAAUCAAAUACGUCAUCUGCCCGAUCUUCUCUUCAGCAAUAUGAUGAAUUUAAAACGGCUAGAUCUUAGCCACAAUCAGAUUGCCACCAUAGGACCGAAGACUCUCAGAGGAGUGUCCGCUCUCAGACAUUUAUUACUUGACAAUAAUGUAUUGACUUGUGUGGAUGAGGCUUCGAUACGAGAAUUGAAAGAUUUGGAAAUAUUAAUGCUGAAUAAUAACAAACUUAUAACGCUCGGCAAGGAGAUGUUGAACGGCUUGUCGCAUUUGCGAACUUUGAAGCUUGCGGAUAACGCAUUCGCUUGCGAUUGCCAUUUAGCAUGGUUAUCGCGUCAUUUGAAGACUUAUCCUCGCCUAGGGCAACAUACACGAUGUGCAUCUCCGGCUCAUCUUAAGGAUCGUAAUCUCGCCGAUGUGCAAGAGCACGAGUUCAAAUGUUCGGGCCUGGUCGAGCGAACGGGAUCGGAAUGCAGCGCUGAGCCCCAAUGCCCGCAUCCUUGUAAAUGCGCUGAUGGGAUCGUCGAUUGCAGAGAGAACUCCUUGACGAAAGUACCAACUCACCUUCCCGAGGAUACCACAGAGUUGCGGUUGGAACAAAACGGCAUUACGGAAAUUCCACCAAAGGCUUUCUCGCCAUAUAGGAAAUUGCGAAGAAUUGACCUGAGCAACAACCAAAUAAAAAAGGUAGCAGCAGAUGCUUUCCACGGAUUGAAGUCCCUCGAAUCGCUAGUUCUAUAUGGCAACAAAAUCACUGAGCUACCAGCUGGUCUUUUCCAAGGUCUUACAAAUCUGCAAUUAUUGUUACUGAAUGCCAAUGAGAUAUCAUGCAUACGAACAGACCUGUUCAAAGACUUAACCAGUCUCACCUUGCUGUCUUUGUACGACAACAAUAUACGUUCGUUAGCUAAUGGGACUUUUGCCAACCUGCGGAGCAUUAAAACACUACAUUUGGCGAGGAAUCCGUUCAUCUGCGAUUGCAAUCUACGCUGGCUGAGCGCGUAUCUUCACGCGCAUCCUAUAGAGACAUCCGGCGCUAAAUGCGAAACGCCAAAAAGAGCACAGAAACGGAAGAUCGAUUCGAUGCGGGACGACAAGUUCAAAUGUAAGGGUGACGAGGAACUGCUAACAAAAAGAGCUGGCGAGUGCAUUCUGCCUGGCGCUUGCCCCGCGCAAUGCACAUGCAACGGCGCGACGGUCGAUUGCUCCAACAAGAGAUUAAUUGCGAUACCAAAAGACUUACCGCUUUACACGUCGACUUUGUUGUUGAGCAACAAUGAACUGGACAAGAUCAAAGCGGACGGCCUUUUUGAGAAGUUGCCGGAGCUACAGCAUCUGGAUCUCAGAAAAAAUAAAAUCUCCCGCAUCGAGGCGUCCGCCUUUCAAGGGGCUCACAACCUCACCGACCUGCUUUUGUCCGAGAAUAGGCUUCGAGAAGUACACAACAAGAUGUUCUCUGGCCUACCGAGCCUUAAAACACUAAAUCUCCAUGGUAAUUCCAUCACAUGCGUUAUGCCGGGGUCGUUCGACGGAAUGCCGCACAUACGCGCCAUUAACAUGCAAGGUAACCCGCUAUCGUGCAACUGCUAUCUCGCGUGGUUCGCCGGAUGGUUGAGGAAACGAGAUAUAGCCGGAAUCACUGGCCGUUGUCACGAUCCACCACGAUUAAAGGAUGCCAUCAUCAAGGAUAUUCCACACCAUGAAUUCAAAUGCAACAACGACAGCGUGGGUUGCCUAGGCGACGAUUACUGCCCGCCUCAAUGUAAUUGCGCGGGUUCGGUGGUGAGAUGUUCGAGGUCUCAGCUUACAGAGAUUCCACGCGGGAUUCCACCGGAAACCACCGAGCUGUAUUUGGACGUGAACGACAUCAAAACGAUCCAACCGGAGAGGUUGAACCACCUGAGGAUUCUCACCAGACUGGAUCUGAGCAACAACCAGAUCGGAAUGCUGUCCAAUGAUACCUUUAGGAAUCUCACGAAGCUGUCGCAUCUAAUUAUUAGUUACAACAAGCUACAAUGUGUGCAACGAAAUGCUCUCGCUGGAUUGAAGAAUCUGCGAAUAAUUUCACUGCAUGGUAACGACAUAUCGGUCAUCCCAGAGGGAGCGUUUGAAGAUCUCAAGUCUAUAACACAUCUUGCCCUGGGGUCCAACCCGCUUUACUGCGAUUGCAGCAUGCGAUGGUUGGCCGAGUGGGUGAAGAAAGAUUAUGUGGAGCCUGGCAUCGCCAGGUGCAUGGAACCUCCUGCAAUGAGAGACAAAUUGCUCUUGACGACACCGGCUAGUGCCUUUCAAUGCAAAACCAAGCAGCAGCCAGCCGAAGUCUUGGCCAAGUGCGACCUGUGUUACACCUCGCCAUGUGAAAAUGGAGGAUUUUGCGAGGCGCUUCCGGACCGGCAGUUCCGUUGCAAGUGCACGCCAGGAUAUCACGGGGACCGGUGUCAGCAUAAAAUUGACGCGUGCUAUGGAAAUCCUUGCAGGAACUCCGGAACUUGCAAAGUACUGGAGGAAGGAAGAUUCAGUUGCGACUGCGCCCCCGGGUACAAGGGACUUCGAUGUGAAAGCAACGUCGACGACUGUGCCAACAACAGGUGCGCUAACAACGCAACCUGCGUCGACCUCGUACAGGCCUAUCGAUGCGACUGCACCCCAGGAUUCAUGGGAGAAUACUGCGAGGAGAAGAUACCCUUCUGUACAAAGGGUCACGACCCCUGCGAGAACGGAGGUCGAUGCGUCGACCACAAGACCCACUACAGCUGCGAAUGCCCAGUCGGCUUCACCGGCCUCAAUUGUUCCACAAACUUGGAUGACUGUGUCGAUCAUAUGUGCCAGAACGGUGCUACUUGCAUUGACGGCAUAAACAAUUAUGAGUGCAAGUGCGCGGCGGAGUAUACAGGGAGAUACUGCGAGGCUGCACCCUCGACAGCCAUGCUGUAUCCACAGACAAGUCCGUGUGCCCACCACGACUGUCAGCACGGUGCCUGCUUCCAGCCUGCUCCUGCCUCCGCCGCGGACUAUCUUUGCCAGUGCCAUCCCGGCUAUACCGGAAAACGAUGCGAGUACCUGACGAGUCUGAGCUUCGUGGACAAUAGCUCGCUGGUCGAGCUAGAACCGCUACGCACGAGGCCCGAGGCAAACGUGACCAUCAUAUUCACGACCACGCAGGAAAACGGGGUUCUUCUCUAUGAUGGACAAAACGACGGACACAUCGCUGUCGAGCUCUUUAAUGGGCGAGUCAGAGUUUCGUACGACGUGGGUAAUUAUCCUACCUCAACGAUGUACAGCUAUGAGAUGGUGGCCGAUGGCAAGCCUCACAUGGCGGAGCUUCUGGCGAUCAAGAAAAAUUUCACAAUGAGGGUCGACCGGGGUUCCGCCAGGAGCAUCAUCAACGAGGGUCCGAAAGAGUAUCUCAAGCUUGUCACGUCAAUGUUCGUCGGUGGCGUAGCGCCAGAAGUUGCUAAAGUCGCAUUUACCGACUUUCAUCUUAGAAAUAUUACGAGCUUUCAAGGCUGCAUCUCCGAGAUGUGGAUCAAUCAUAAGUUGGUAGACUUCAGCAACGCCGCAAAGAUGCAUCGCGUUACUCCCGGAUGUGCUGCUAGCGAGGAGGAAGCCGAUGAAGCGAGAGAUAUUGUUGAAGCUGAGGGAAUUAACAGUAGUGGUAGUAACGAGGAGAUCAUCCCACCAUGUAUCGGACAUGAAUGCAAAAAAGGAUCUCAAUGCAUACCGUCGCCAUAUGGUAACAGCUAUUCUUGUCGAUGUCAAACUGGCUGGCAAGGACGAUACUGCGAGAAAGGUGAUUCUUCCCUCAAUAAAAUUAAUAUCAAUAUCGUAGCACCGACCUGUCGCAAGGAGCAUACCAGGGAGUACUAUAGUGAGAAUGGAUGUCGGAGUCGGCGACCCGUGAAGCUUGCUAAAUGUUGGGGAAGUUGCGGCAAUUCUUGCUGUUUACCGCGGAAGACUAAACGGCGCAAGGUUCGAUUAAUUUGCGCGGAUGGUAUGCGGUACACUAAGGACAUUGACCUGGUGCGUAAGUGCACGUGUACCCGCAAAUGUUACUAGCCAGUCGACGCAUCGCGGCCCAAGUCUCAUCGGCGCGCAUCGAAACGUAAAACGAGACCGAGAAGAAACCCCCGGAUCCGAAGCAGCACUCCCGAGCGUAUUUUCACGUGUCCUCCAAGAUGACGAAAGGAACGACAACGGGGGCGACGAGGGCAAACGCUACGAUGUGCCCUCGGCAUCCUCAUGCGAGAACGUACGUGAACGAGAAAGUGCGUGAGGAAAUGCAGGCCAAAACUAGAUGGACACACAUAUAGCUGGCUCAGUGUGAUAUGUAUUAUUAAAAAAAGAAGAAGAGAAAGAAAGAGAGAGUGAAAGAGAGAAAGAAAACGAGAGAAAGAAGAAGCAAGAGUAUAUUGUACGUAAUAUAUAGCUACGGACUAUCGAUAUCGAAGCAGUUAAACGUAUACUAGGUAUUAUUCGUAUAUAUAAUGACCCGACAUAGGUAUAUAACGAUGAAAACGCGGGCGCGGAAGGAA